UUUGUGUUUCCGUUGUGUUUACUCUUUCUGCCCGCAGUCUGUGGCCAGCUUAACUAUUAUUUCUAUAGAAAUACUUGUCCAGAUUUGGAGAGAAUUGUGUUCAAUGCUGUGAUAUCUGCUGUGAUGAAUGAGACCAGGAUGGCAGCUUCUCUUCUUCGUCUCCAUUUUCACGACUGUUUUGUUAAUGGUUGUGAUGGCUCAGUUUUGCUAGAUGACACAGAUAGCAUGAUUGGAGAGAAAACUGCUGCUCCUAAUCAUAACUCAGCCAGAGGAUUCGAAGUGAUUGAUGCUAUUAAAACAGCUGUGGAAAACUCAUGCAAGGCCAUUGUUUCAUGUGCAGACAUUCUCACCCUUGCAGCUAGAGAUUCAGUCCAUCUGAGUGGGGGACCUUACUGGCCGGUAAGUCUCGGAAGAAGAGAUGGAAAGACAGCAAAUAAAAAUGCAGCAAAUACCAAUUUACCAGCUCCUUUUGAGUCACUUGAUUCAAUCAUCAACAAAUUUCAGGCUGUUGGGCUUUCAGUUCAAGACGUUGUUGUACUAUCAAGGGCUCAUACAAUAGGUGCUGCUCACUGCAAUACAUUCAAAUCAAGUCUCUUCAAUUUCAAGGGUACAAGCAGCCCAGACCAAACAAUUGAGCCAUCUUUAUUAGGAAACCUUCAAACCUUAUGUCCAGAAAACAACAAUGAUCCCAACACACUAGCUUCGCUGGACCCUAUGACACAAGACAGAUUUGACAAUGCCUAUUUCAAAAAUCUUCAGAACAAUGAAGGUGUUCUUCAAUCUGAUCAGACUUUGUUUUCAACUCCAAAUGCGUCUACUGUACCCUAUGUUAACUUCUACAACAAUUAUCCUUAUGCCUUCUUCAUGGACUUUCAUAUUUCUAUGAUAAAGUUGGCAAACCUAAGUGUCCUUACUAGAUCAGAUGGGGAGAUUAGGAAAAAUUGCAGGUUUGUCAAUUGA